CCCGGAGCACGAACCAACCCGGACCGGACCGCUCCUCGGCGGUAUCAAAACCACAGCCACACAGCGACACGGGCAGCCGGCGCUCGGCGUCCGGCGGCACACCGCGGCAGGCCGGCAGCCAUGGCUCGCCCUUCGAAGCUCUACCUCGUCUGCUACAACUCCCUCCAAGCGCUCGGAUGGUUCAUCGCCCUCCUCCGCCUCCUGCCCUGCCUCGCCCAUCCCGUCUCCGCCCACUCCGCGUACGCGGUCGCCGGCGACCUCAUCUGCUUCCUGCAGACCUGCGCGAUUCUUGAGACGGUCCAUGCCGCGAUCGGAUUGGUGCCCACUGCGCCGCUUCUUACUGUCUUGCAAUGGGGAGGGAGGACUCACUUUGUUCUCGCUGUUGUCCGACAAAUCCCCCAGGUUCAGAGCAGUCCCUCUGUUUUCAUAACGUUUAUGGCUUGGAGCAUAGCUGAGGUCAUCCGCUAUUCCCACUAUGCUCUGACUACCUUAAAAGUUUGUCCGUCUUGGGUGACUUAUCUCAGGUACACAGCUUUCAUCCCUCUGUAUCCAAUCGGGGUCGGACCCGGUGAAAUGUGGACUAUGUACCAAGCUCUCCCAUUUGUGAAGAAGAGGAACCUCUACUCAGGUUUCUUCGAGAAGUUCUCCAUGAGCUAUCAUUCAUUUCUAGUGGGUGUGCUGGUGUGCUAUCCAUUGCUGUGGCUGAAGCUGUACUUGCAUGUGUUCAAGCAACGCAAGUCAAAGCUGGGAAAGGGGAGCAGGAAGAAACGAGCCUGAGAAAAUUGACCAGCUCAGCUCAGAUGUAAUUUGUCACCCGCAUGUGGGUGUUAACGGGUCAUUGUGCAUUGUUUUGAAACAAAAUCACUGUGAAUUGUUAAGGAAUCUUGCAGAUGAUGCAAUGGUGAAGGCUUUGGUGGAUUGAUCAGCAACUGAGUAUAAUACUAGCAGAUUACUGGGUUCUAUGUUUGUUUCA